GCGUACGAAUCCGCGAAGCCGAGAGUCGGCGAACCGAGAACCGAACCGCUCACCGAUUCCAAAGUCCGCCGGCAGUCAGGCAGGUUCAGUUGUCUCCGAACCCCCGAACUGUUCGGACGCGUUCUCCAGAGGCAGAUUUUCAUCCUACGUCGCGUUCUCGUGAACACGCGCGAUUCUUUUCUGAUACACUCACAUACGCAUCGAAAGAUCAAAGUGCACGGAAAAAAAAUUCGAUCGAUCGAAGAUCGAAUCGAUUUGAAAAUUCUCGACGUCGCGAGAACGGCGGGGAUAGCCACUGGGGCUGUCAACGUAGAGGUUCCUAUCUACCGCUACGUCAAUAAAACAAACUCGUCGAGGGAACCAAACACCUGUCUUCCUCUGUUCACCGAGACGAAGGGGAGCGCGAGAUCGUCGCUGAUUCGAACGAUCGAUUUGCUAAGACGUAGUCGCCACGUAAAAUGGUAGCAUCGCAAAACGAUGGUGGUAGAAGUAUGGGAGGUGGCAAUGGUGGUGGCGGCGGCGAUGACACGGUUUACACGGUGGCCGUGAUGAGCGGCGGCGGUUACAGAAACGAGGGCUACAAGGACGACGGCACCGACGGCAUACCGCCGGAACCGCAAAAACCGCCGCAGCUACCGGCAACGGACGACGAUACGCAGUCGCGGAAGUUCAAUGUGUCGCGCGGCGAGAAAUGGCGUAUCCUGAAGAACAUUGGCACCGUCUCGAUCGCUUUCAUGGUUCAGUUCACCGCGUUCCAGGGUACGGCGAAUCUACAGUCGUCGAUCAAUGCAAGCGACGGCCUCGGCACCGUAUCGCUCUCGGCUAUCUACGCCGCCCUGGUGCUCUCGUGUAUUUUUGUACCCACUUUCCUCAUCAAGAGACUUACCGUCAAGUGGACCCUUUGUCUAUCUAUGCUCUGCUACGCACCAUACAUCGGCUCGCAGUUCUAUCCUAAAUUCUAUACCCUGGUACCUGCCGGCGUACUCCUUGGUCUCGGCGCCGCGCCCAUGUGGGCUGCCAAGGCCACAUAUCUCACCCAGGUUGGUGGAGUUUACGCCAAGAUUACCGAUCAACCGAUUGACGCUAUCGUCGUACGGUUCUUCGGCUUCUUCUUCCUGGCGUGGCAAACCGCCGAGCUCUGGGGCAAUCUCAUCUCCUCGCUUGUACUGAGCGACGGGGGGCACGGCGGUGGCGGGGGCGGCGGCGGCAGCAACGGCACGACCAGCUGGGACAAAAUCAAGUUGUGCGGCGCGGAUUUCUGCGUCCUUGGCAACGGAGGCCACGAGAACCUGGAGCGGCCGCCGGAGUCCGAGAUCUAUGAAAUCUCUUCGAUCUACCUUACGUGCGUCAUCAUUGCGGUAAUAAUCGUCGCUCUGUUCGUCGAUCCUCUUUCCAGGUACGGCGAGAAGCAACGACGGUCGGAUAGUCAAGAAAUAAGCGGCAUUCAAUUGCUUUCUGCUACAGCUUACCAGCUAAAAAAGCCUUACCAGCAAUUACUGAUACCGAUCACGGUAUGGAUCGGUAUGGAGCAAGCUUUUAUCGGCGCCGAUUUUACGCAGGCGUACAUCUCCUGCGCUCUAGGUGUCCACAGAGUCGGCUACGUCAUGAUCUGCUUCGGGGUGGUCAAUGCCGGCUGUUCGUUGCUAUUCGGCUCGUUAAUGAAAUUCGUCGGCAGACAGCCGCUGAUGGCUCUGGGCGCCAUCGUUCAUGCCUCCCUCGUAGUCGUCCUUCUCAUGUGGAAGCCGCAUCCUGAUAAUCCUUACAUUUUUUAUUCGGUCUCGGGUCUGUGGGGCGUGGGUGAUGCCGUGUGGCAAACGCAGGUCAACGGACUCUAUGGCACGCUGUUCAGACGCAACAAGGAGGCGGCCUUCUCAAACUACAGGCUAUGGGAGAGCGCCGGUUUUGUGAUCGCCUACGCGUACAGUACGCAUCUCUGUGCUCGUAUGAAGCUGUACGUGAUGCUGACGGUGCUGAUCAUCGGCACCAUAGGCUACAUCAUUGUCGAAUUGCUGCACAGGCGCAAGCAGCGACGGCUCAAAGCAAUCGCCGAAGAUCCGAAGGCCGCCCAGAUCGAGGCGAAUCAGCCGGAGGAGACCGACGACGAGAAGGACGACCUCGACGACGAGAUCACAAUCACCCACCUUCCUUCGAACCUCGGAUAGACCCGCGCCGUCCAAUCGGUGCGCAACUCUACGUUUUUCCUGUUGACGAUAAAAAGUCAAAGUCGAGAUGCAACUUCAGAAGAACGGUGGGUAUGCGCACGCCUUCCACGAUGAAGUGGAAAUGCCGAAUGUCGACUUCAUCUCACGGGACGCUUUCCUUCAAGGAAAUACCGGAAAUGUAACGCGUAUCCAGACCGUAAUCUGACUUCUAUCUUCUUCGGCGACAUCGGAACGAGUUGAUAGUCGAUAAGUAAUACACUUAUCAAUACUUGUGGUGCUAAAAAAACGCGCAUGAUGACGUAUAAUUCGCUCUCAUGCUACUAGGAACAUAGGACUUUCGCUACCGUUACUAGAAGCUCUUGAAUUGACACCGACAAGAAGGAUCAUCUCAAUGACAACGUUCUCAUUUUAUGUCUUCGUCAUGGUUCGUAGAGUGAAAAGUGCAUUUUGUUAAUACCGCCGGUACCGGCGCCGAUUUAAAUAAUCUAGUGAUCUUUACAAAUUAAUUAUAUAUACGAAUUUUUUUAUUAUAAAUACUUAAUCGAAUUUGUAAAGAUUACUAUGUUAUACUUUGUACCCCUAAAUGAGAAUGCAUGUUGACAUAUUAUAUACAUGUGUAUAGUUUGUAACUAAUGGAAAUUGGCGUGAGAUUCGACGAAAUUCGUCAUUUAUUCGAGAAAGAAUGCUCUAUACUCUCGCUCGAAUUUACAAUACUCUUGUUUAAAAAAAGUAAAACAAUUGUUAUAAGAAAGGCGUUCUUAAUAAAGAAAUAUCAUUGUUAUUGAUUACAUCGGAAUUCCUUGUUUUUUUCUUGAGAGUGAAGCAAGUGAGAUGUCAAUAUGGAUCUGUACAUUAAAACAGUAUUCUUUUUUUUUUUAUCAAAAAUAGACAAAUCAAAAAGGAUGGACAAAGUUUCAUUCUACGCGAAAUUAAAUUGCUAAUCUUCAAAAUUCUAAAUUAUGUUUUGUGUUUUGUUUUUGACUAGCUUACAUAUAAAUAUCUUUCUUCAGUAUAUUUUAUUUUCUCUUUCUGUUUCAUGUAUAAAAGGAGAGAGAAAUGUAUUUUAAUUAAACGUAUAAAAAUGUAUAGAAAUGUAUAUAAAAAUGUAAUUUUUUACAGGCAGCAAUUUCAAAGCAAUUUUUUUUUUAUUCCGAUAUUUGAGUCAUAUCAUAGUAGUUAAAAAUUUUACAGAAUAAGAACACAUUCCAAUUUUAUCAUUCAAUCUAUUUUUUUCGAGAAUCUUAUCUCGCGCCACUUUUCAUUCUCCCUUAGAGCGCAAGAAACAUAUCAAGCUACUACAGGUAAACACCAUAAGUCGUUUGAAUGCAUGCGUGUGCAUCGCACUUUCCGUCCUAUCAUACUUUACUACACGGUAGCUCAAGAGUCUACGAUGUAAACUUAGGAUACGGAUGCAAUCCUCUAGAGAGAUCUGUUCUUACGAAAAAGUCAUCUAUUGAUAGAAUGGUGAUUAUUUCUUUGAUUAAAAAUAAAAACGCGAGACUAUAUAUAAAAUGUAAAUUUAAUUUUUCAAUUCUUUAUAUCUCUGUGCGAAGGAAGGAAUUAUAAGAAUUAUAUCAUAUACGCGACGCAAAAAGCGUACGUAUCUUAUUGUUCUUGGAAGAAUAAUCAGUACGUGAGAAUAUUAAAAACUCAUCGUAUCUCUAUAUCAUCAGAGCAAAUUUUGCAAAGUUACGCGAAUAUUUCUUGUGUGUAAAUAUACUCUGACUAAUAUACUUCAGUUUAUAUAAUUCCUACCGAGCAUUCCGCUGCGUAAAGAAGUGACAUAUGACGGAGACUGAAAAAAAAUUUUUCGUUGCUAAAAAGAAUAAAUAUCUUUUCUUACAAUCGAAUAAUUUUGUUGAAUACUGAUUAAUGUUUCAAUAUUUUUAAUAUGGUAUCUGUCAGUUCAAUAUUAUUGCUUGUGAACUUUUUGAGCAUUCAACGUAGUGAUUUGUAAUAAUCUCCUACAGUUUUCAAAACAGAUAAAAAACAAUGUUUUAUUUUUCUCAUCCUUUUAUGUAGGAAAAUUUCAGGCAUGAUUUAGACAAGUUUCGCGAAGCUUUUCCACGUAAAGAUCGAGACUAUUUUAUGUAACCGACGCGUUAUAAAACUAAAUAUUUUACGUUAAUUUCCGUCAAUUAUUGCACAACAUAAUGGAUUAAUUGUACGCUGCUCUUAUCAACCUUCGCGUAUUUAUUGCACGUGCUGUCGGAGAUUCGUGCGAUAAACCGAAUACAUUUUAAUGUUUCCACGGACGAGUGAACGAUUAUCUUUUUUUCGCAACAGUACAAUGACCAGAACGGAGACAAGAAACCAAAGACAGGAAACUCACAAGAAUCCUGUCUUCUGGAUGGGAGACCUAACCCGCGGUACUAUUAUAAUUCAUCCGAUCGACAUCGCGUUGGUUUGAAGUUACUUCAACGAGAGCUCCGCGUUCCACGUCCGUCUCUUUCUCGUUUUCGUUUUAUUAUUAUUCGUUCAUUUCUUCUCUUGUUGUUCGUUUUCCAUUUUGUUGGCAAGAACUCGUCUUGCCAACGCGAUAUCAUGAUGUUCUCCUCGAUCAGCAUCGCUAUCGCGAAAAAAACCCCAUGAUGACGCUAUUGGAAGCUGCGCGACAAGAAUGGAACGCGCGGCGUUUAACGGUGCUCGUUUUGUUCGCUUUUUGCUGGCUGGAUUCUACGCACAUCGCCAAUCCUCUCUCUUCUCAUCUCGCCUUUUUUUCCCUCUCUCGCCUUCUCAAUGCCGCGGAAAGUUAUUAUACUUCUCGACGGGGUUUUUAAUCCUACCCUAUCGUUAUAUCCCUCUUGCCUCCAUGAUGUCGCAGCGGAUUCCUCAUCUCCAUUCCGCGAGAAAUUUCUCACUGUAAAAUCUCGAAAUUGGAAUAAACGUAAAUGAUGGCAAGAUCGAUAUUAAUCAUGCUAAAUAAAAUCAGAGGACUAAUCUUGUAAAUUUCACGUUAAAAUGACCUUAGAUGUUUCAUUCACCAAUACAUUGUUACAUAUUAUACUCAAAGUGUAAUGAAGUAAUCACUAUUUUAUCAAACCGAGAUAUCGAGGAUUCGGGGAAAAAAACCUUUCUCCAGUGUGUAAAUACAAAAUAAAUGAUAGCUUAUAUAAAAUAAUUCGAGACAUUUGUGUCAGAGAGUGAUACGUUCUAUCGUGCGAAUCGAAAUACACAUUAUGUAUGCCGUAUUAUACAUUAGGGAUAUCUGGUUUCGUAGUCGCACCAAGAAUGUACGUUUCCUGUAUCACUGAAACUGUGCUCUAUUUUCUCUUUAUUGUAUCGCGAACAUUGUAGAUUUAAAUAGCUCAAGUUAUGUAGUGUAGUAGCUGCGGAUGAGAAUGGGAUUAGUAAUUGAAUCGGGUUAGCGUUAAACUCGUUUAAUGAAAGUAUAGUGAUAGCGUAUAUAGGUAACUGCUUUCUAGCGAUUAGAAAAAUUGUGCCUCAUUUGAAAUCCGAUUCGCUCUGCAAUCCGAUUUCAUCCGUGGUUGCUAUACAUAUUAAUAUUGCAAUUAAAUACAUAUGUAUAGCCUUACGGUACGAAAACAAAUAAUAGAGAAAUUAAACAUCAAAAGAGUUUGAGACGCAAAGGGCAGCAGCUUGCCCGGAAUAUUUGCGUGUAUUUUUCGAAGGGAAUACCAGUUUUUUUUUGUUGAACUUUAAAGGGAUUCACACGAAUCACAGUUUGCACCUUAAAUGCAUUGAUAAAAAGACAUGGUUUAACGGGGACCACGAUCUAACAUAUAUUUUUAAGCCUGCGAGAUUAGACUUCCUAGAUUUUACUGAAAAGUAUUCAGAGAGAUAUAUCUAUAUAUAUUUGUUUAGAAGAUAAAAAAUGUAUACAAAGAUGUCCGAACUAACAGCAUUGGGACCAUUUUGAUUUGCGUACUUUUUGCUCUUAUUGAGAUUUGUAAAUAUUAAUUUUAGUAUUAAUCGUUAGGUAUAUAAUUAUGCAGAGAG